UUUACUUGACCUCUUGCCGUCACCAUUGUCUAUGUCUCUGACCGAAUAUCCUACGAGAGGUCGCCACUGGACCUACGGGUGCAAAAAUUAUAUUUCCGCCCGGUUGGACACCGGAAUGUCUUCCCCCUCCCUUUUUUUGCGGUAUGUCAUAGAAUUAUAUUAUCUGACAAUCCUGUAGGCUGUCGUUGAAGCUGACAGUGGGACGCUGAAGGAGAUCCGAGGAAAGCGUUUACGGAAGCCGAUAUGCCACGAGGCAUCUGACGUUGACAGUGACGCACGGACCCUCGUGGCAAAGUAUCACGUGACCCAUAUCCGAAAGGGUCCAGCCAAUUCUUUCCUUCUUCAUUCUGAUCUUCCACCUCCGUGAUUUUUUGUUCUUGACAUCACGUCCGACAAUGAGCAAGAAGGCUGCAAAAGUUCCCAAAACGUCCGGCUCUGCGAAUAUCUACGAUUUUCGCGAUAUUGUGCUGGGAAAAGUACGCGGGUAUCCGCCGUGGCCUGGGAUGGUAGUUGACCCAGGCGAUGCACCGCAACAAGUCCUCGACGACCGACCCGCAGGCAAAAAAUCCAAUUUCUACCUUGUGCGAUUUUUCCCUGCCGGCGACUUCUCCUGGCUAGCACCAAAGGACAUCUCUAAACUCCAGCAACACGAAAUCGAGGCGUAUAUCAACGAGCCGUUCAAAAAGUCCGGCGACCUCUUGACCGGCUAUAAGGUUGCGCUGGAUCCUUCUGAUUGGGAGAAGCGGAAAGCGGAGCAAGCGGAAGCUGCUGCAUCGGAAGAGGUCGCCGAUGAGGUGGACCAGCUCGACAGCGAGAGUGAGGAAAAGCCGAAGAAGCGGAAGCGGGAUGGUGAGGGCGGUGCCCCGGCGAGGAAGCGCAAGACGAGCACGACGGGCGACGCAAAGAAGAAGGCACCAGUCAAGGGCAAGAAAGGCGGGAAGAAGAAGGACAAUGUCGAGAGCGAGGACGAUGGCGAGGCUGAUGAAGACGUCGGCACAAGCAAGAAGGGUACGAGUCCUCCGCCGGCGAAGAAAGCCAAGAAGGAUAAAGACGAGCAUGAGGAGGGUGACCUGGCAAACGAUCCCGAGGCCCACAAGGUCCGCGAGUGGCGGCACAGGUUGCAGAAAACGUUCUUGAGCAAUAAGGGGGACCCAAAGGCAGAGGAUAUGCCGAAUAUGGACGAACUGUUCCGUACCGUCGAGGCGUACCAGUCCAUCACUAUUCACUACCUCACGUUCUCCAAGAUCGGAAAGGUCAUGCGCCACAUUGCCGCCCUUGCUGAAGAAAAGAUCCCAAAUGAUAACCAGUAUAAGUUUCGCGCGCGUGCAAAAGCUCUUGUUGAUCGAUGGCAACAAGUUUUGAACGCAAACAAGAAUGAGUCGACGAAUGGCGUUGCGGAAGGAACGGCGAAGAUGGAUCUGAAUGGCAAUUCUAAUGGAGAAGAUAGGAAGGAAGGUGGAGCACCGGAGACAGCGCCUGCGGUGGUGCCUCCUACCGAAGAACCCCUGAGCGCUCUCCCUGGACCAGACGGCGCCGGUGAUAUGUCGAUGCUAGGCGAUGUCACGAUGUCGGAGGCUGCGGCGUGAUAUAUGGGAUGAAUUUUGAACGUUGUAGCAUCUUUCCCUGCAUUUCGGUGUUAUAGGCUUUUUCCUUCGUCGUACUAAAAUUGCUGUGUCACCCCUGCUUCUUCCCGUUUGUCUGUUGGCGCCUGCUACUAUAUUUGACUGUUGCUUAUGCUAACGUAUUUCUCCUCUUCGGAUAGAGGAGGACUUUGUAUUUUCCAUACGGCAAAUUGAUGACUCUUGAACACCCUCAA